AGCAUUCUAUCUGUGUCUAGCACAUGUAUUAGGUUUUCAGUGUUGACCGUUUUUGGGUAUAUCAUUGAAACUUGUGUGUUCAAAGAAUAUUUUAAGUAAAAUAGUUUAAUCGUUGUAAAUAUAUAAACAUAAAGUAUAAUAAUGUCGGAAAUAUCUAUGAGUGAAUCGCCUUUCACACGGAAAGUCGAUUUAACAACAUUAAAUCUUCCACAACUUCAGUAUGUAAAACAGCAAUUGGAUAAAGAUCUUGAAUUCUUUAAGACAUCAGUGCAGACCUUACGAAUGGCCCAAAGUAAAUUUGAGGAUUCCGGUUCUUGCCUUCAUAAGCUCGAUUCCAUUAAGAAAGAUAAUGAAAUUUUCGUACCAUUGACUGCAUCAGUAUAUGUUGCUGGAAAAUUAGCGGACGCAGACCAUGUAUUAGUUGACAUAGGAACUGGUUAUGUUACUCAAAAAAGUGUUCCUGAUGCAAAAAAUUAUUUUGACAGAAGGGUCAGUUAUGUUUCAAAGCGAAUAGAGGAAAUACAACGACGAGGUCUUGAUAAACUAUUGAUCAGAGAUGCAGCGAUGGAUCUUAUAGAAAUGAAACUCCAAAGUCAAGGACAGAAACAAGGUCCAGGCCGUGAAUAAUAUAUUGACUUUUCUGAGUAAAGGAUUGAAAGCGUUAAUCGUUUGAUAUUUAUGUUAGCUCAUGUCUGGGUUAUGAUUAAAUUGUAUCACUUUGCAUUUUAUUGUUAAACUAUAAUAAUUAAGCAUCAUAUGGCAAAAGUACAUUUCCAUAAUGUAUUAAAAUAUUUGAAAUAGAUAGCAUGUUUUGCAAUAUUGUCUCUUUUAACCAUUAUAAAAAUGUGUCACUUAUCUGAAGAAUAAUAUGAUAAUUAAUUUUGUACAGCAAAAUAAAUCUUAAUAAAUUACA